AUGAAAUGUUCAAAGCUAAAUAAAUCUCAAGAAUGCCAGAGUCAAUUAACUAAGAAAAGCAAUCAAUCAUUAUUUCGAAGUUGCACAGUGGAAAAACUCAGCGCUUUUAUGUACAAACGAAAUACGAAGAUUGUCAUUGACAGAAGUUCUGAAAUCUCAUUGUCGAGCUUUGCACAAUCUCAUUUCCAUCUUCUCAUUAGAAGUGCGAAUGAUGAAGCAAAGGAAAAAGAAUUAGCUUGA